UCUAUCGCCCCGGUCGGGCCCUCCCUCGCAGUGACGCACUCAGAAAGGACCAAGGAAAUCCCCAAGUGAGAGUUACGACAGACUCUCUAUCGCCGCCGUAGAUAGUAGGCAACUUCCGACUAGCGCCGAACAAACCGACACAGAACCUGAAUACGCGCAAACCGUGUCCACGCUCCUCACAAAUUCAAGGUGUUGUAAACACUGCUUUCGGUUCGGUCUAGGUGGCUUGACAAACAUUUGCCGUCGUCGCGGAAGUACACAGACAAACAACGUCCUGCGGUGUUAUUUUUAUGAAUACACCUACCGAAGUACAGCAGCAGGAGGACAUGUACGGCAUGGCAGAAAUGCCCGAUCUCAUACCACCGGCAGGUGCAUUACAACCCAGUCCAGUAAUCCCGUAUGACCACGGACAACCGGGGAGGAACAGACCAGAUCUCCUGUCCGGCCCGAGACGAAUGCAGCGAGCCCCCAAACUCGGACAGAUCGGCCGCUCUACGAGAGUGGUUAUCGAGGACGAGGACUUGGACGAUAUCAUAAACAACAACAGAAGCUUCCCGGUUUCUCAGAGAGUUUCACCUGUUGCCUGAUGCAUGACUGACUGUGCCAAAGCUCUUAAAGAGGCCAACACACACACCAAAGCAGGGCCUGCAGAAUUGAACUGAACUAAAAUCUCCCUCUCGCACGUUCUCACUUAUCAUCACCCGUCACUGUACAGCUUUUUCACCGCUUCAAGGUCAAACAAGAGAACUGCGGACAUGGCUUUCUGUUCACUUUAUGCUUAACCGACGUGCUUCUGUAGCACUGAGUGAUUCAGUCGGGUGUUUUUUUCUUCUUGAAGAUCUUGAUGACCUCUAAUGCAACAGGGCUAUAUUUAUUACAUUUGCACUUUACUGCAGAUUUACGAAAGCUAACCUCAGCAGUUUGGAUUAUUCAUCUCCCAAAGAGGACGUUUUUUCCUGUCAAACUGUUAACGUGUAACGCGCCAUUUGGUAAGACCCAUGGUUACCUUGGUAACUGCAGUCUACCUUGACAUUUCUGUGAAUGGCAUUAGUUAGUUGUUAUUUUUUGUCACUUAUUAUGUGCCUGUUUACUUCAGUUUGAAUUGAAACAAGUACAAUCUGAGAUGCACACUGGGUGAAGAACAAUCAAAUCUAAAUUGAGCUAAUAUGUUGGUUAAACGUGCAUUGCUCUUAAAGUGGUUUUGAAUUGUAGAUGUUUGCAUGUAAAUUAAUGAAUUUUUGUAAACUGUUUUGGGGAAGCUCAGUGGAGUAAUAAAGUAUGCAUGAGUAACUUAA